CAUCCCCCAUCAUCAACCGCUGUAUCUGUUAAGACUUGUCGCCAGUCUUGACAGCCUUAUUCAGCCCGUUGACAAGAUGAAGUUGAACAUCUCUUACCCGGCCAACGGGUCGCAGAAACUCAUCGAGGUCGAAGAUGAGCGCAAACUCCGUGUUUUCCUCGAGAAGCGAAUGGGCAACGAAGUGCCAGCCGACAGCUUGGGUGAUGAGUGGAAGGGCUACAUUGUCCGCAUUACCGGUGGUAAUGACAAGCAAGGCUUUCCAAUGAAGCAGGGUGUUGUAUGUUCCACUUCCUGCCCUUGAAAAGCGCCAGCGUCCCGAAAGAAAACAACACGCUGAGACUUGAAUCAUUACAGUUACUCCCAACCCGUGUCAAACUCCUCCUCGCCGACGGCCACUCUUGCUACCGACCUCGUCGAUCCGGAGAGCGCAAGCGUAAAUCCGUUCGCGGUUCCAUCGUUGCCCAAGAUCUCUCCGUCCUCGCUCUCUCAAUCGUCAAGCAAGGCGAAGGUGAUAUUCCCGGCCUCACCGACGUGGUCAACCCCAAGAGACUUGGCCCCAAGCGUGCCACCAAGAUCCGCCGCUUCUUUGGUCUGAGCAAGCAAGAUGACGUCCGCAAGUUCGUCAUUCGACGUGAAGUCGUCCCCAAGAAGGAAGGCGCGAAACCCUACACAAAGGCCCCCAAGAUCCAGAGACUUGUCACCCCACAACGCCUGCAACACAAGAGACACCGAAUUGCCCUCAAACGAAGACGUGCCGAAGCUUCCAAGGAUGCCGCCAAUGAGUACUCUCAGCUGUUGGCCAAGCGCGUGCACGAGGAGCGUGAGAAGAGAACCGAGCUCAGAAAGAGACGUGCUUCUUCCCUCCGAAAAUAGGUUGACAUGGUCUGCCUGGCGUACCUGUAGUCUCGAGAGACCGGAGGAAAGACAAAUCGACCCUAUGUGGCUGUGAAGCAACCCGAGCUUGGGCACAAUCUCAUGUUCCUCGCCGAACAGCUUAUUCAGCUGCAAGGACCUAGAAUUGGGAUUGCCGGACACACACGGGAGAAUAUCUGCCGUGCCACCAUGCAAAUAAUGAUGAUUCCUGACGUGGCAAGCAUCGCCCUACUGUGGUGCGCCGUGUGGCAUCAGCUGGUUGGCACAAAUAGACAGCAAAUCAGACCACACAGAACCCUCAGAUAGCCCGCAAUUACUUGCAAACACCGAUUAACCUCCUG